UAUGGAUAGUUAUUUGAUAAACAAGGUGCCAAAAGAAACGCUUGUGCAGCUGGAAGAGUUCUCAGCUUACCUCAAAGAUCAUCGAAAAACUAGAACAUCAUAUGCAAGUGUAAUCAAGACAAUAAAUAUAUUAAAGGAGUUGAUAUGUGCAAGUGACUGGGUAACAGCUGGCGAGCUUAUCAAGAUAAUUAAAACAUACUCAAAGUAUCUGCCACUUAUACUGAGUAAUGAAACUGUCGUAAGUAAUGUUAUCAGAAGAGUUCUGAAGAUAAUAAGGGAAGAGAAUGAAGGGCCAGAUGCAGCAAGCUUUGCCGAGGGACUAGCCAUAUUUUUCAGAUCAGAUUCCCAAUCAUCAACCAUUGGAAGAAAAGACCUGCAAGACAAUAUCCUGAACAGUAUUGUAGAGUUGCUUGCUGAGCAAGAAAACAGCAAAUCUAACAUCAUCACCAUGGCUCUUGAGCAUAUCCACGCUAAUGAGCUCAUCUUAACUUAUGGGCACUCAAACACAGUAAGGGAGUUCCUCCUUCAUGGACGGAAGAAGAGGAACUUCAGGGUUGUGGUAUGUGAAUCAGGGCCCUCGCUAAAAGGACACCAAAUGGCAAAGGAGUUGAGCGAUGGUGGUAUUGAGACAACUCUUAUUGCUGACAGUGCUGCAUUCGCUAUCAUUCAUGCUGUUAAUAAGGUGAUAAUUGGUACCCACACUAUAAUGGCUGACGGAGCACUGAGAGCACCGAACGGAGCACACCAGCUAACACUUGCUGCAGAACACUUCUCUGUGCCAGUCAUAGUUUGUGCUGCACUUUACAAACUCUCUCCUACUCAUCUCUGCUCAUAUGAUCAGGAUGCUUUCAACAAGAUCAUAGGUCCUGAGAACAUGCUGAAUUUCAGUAAUACCAAGCUUCAUUCAAAAGUGUUGGUAUCGAAUCCUGAGUUUGACUACGUCCCAAGUGAUAUGAUAGAACUGUUUAUAACUAACACUGGAGGACAUGCUCCCUCGUAUCUUUACAGAAUCGUAUCAGAGCUGUAUCACCCGCAUGAUAACGAUCUGGACAACAUGUGUGUAGAGGAAUCUGAUGACGAACACUGACCAACGUGACCAAAUCACGUGACCAAGUGACCAGAUCUUCAGUUCAACCUUAUCUGUCAUCUGAUGUUUAGGAAAUAUAGGAAACUCACCACAAAUGGGAGAGCAGAAUGUGUGUCACUUUUCUUGCUGUGCCAGAGCUGGACUCUAGGCUGGGGUUUAGGACUCAACAUUUCUGAAUUUAUCUGAAUUUGAAUUAAUCUAUUUGUUUUUAACGACAAUGGCA